AUGAGUUUGGAUUCUUCUUAAAAAUGCGAUGAAGAAACUGGUUUAAAAUCUAUGGCCCCUGAACCUCUAGAGCUCGAUGAAAGUUAUCAAACUCCUGUCGAUAUUAGAUGGGGAAAUUGCUACCCAUUAUUUUUAAAAAACAAUAUACCAAAAAUUGUCAUUGGCCCUCAUUGGCCAUUGUUUAUUUGUGCAUAUUCUUUAUUUGUUGCAGCAAGUAUCUUUUUAAUAGGUUGGCAUUUUACAAGCACUUCAUCUGAAUUCAUCAAGUGGGCAACUUUUUUAGUCUGUGUAAAUCAAUGUUGGAGUUAUGCUUGGGUUGCUUUAAUUAAUCCAGGAGUAAUUAAUUAUGAUAAAAAUAAUUAAAUUGAAACUAGGACAAGAUGUGCACCAUAAUUAGACAUGUAAAAUGAUAGUAAGACUUGGUAUUGUCCCAAAUGUAAAUUGUUACAAUUACAUGGUACAGUGCAUUGUAGUGAUUGUGAUGUAUGCAUUUAGGAGAUGGAUCAUCAUUGUCCAUGGACUGGAAAAUGUAUAGGAAAAGGAAAUAUCAAACAAUUUUAUUAUUUUCUUGCUAGUACUUUAAUAUUUAUGAUUUUCAAUAUAAUCGCUUCAUUAACGUAGCUAGAUGGAGCAUUAAAUGGAACAAGAAGGAAAAUUAAAUAAGGAAAUUGAAGAAAUUUAAUAUAUUGUUAAUUUAUUGAUUUGAUUUAAACUC